AUGCUCACAAUGGCAAAUGCCCAAACGACUUGUAACCAGGGAAUGGGUAGAGUUAUGUACGAACGCUUACCAAAUCAACAAUUGCACGGAUUUGACGACGACGUGGUACGUGAAACUGCACCGCCAUUCCGUGUGUUGGAGAAAUGCCAGGAUCUAUGCCUCCGCGACCGUUCUGGGAAUAGCCUCGUCCGCACUUGCAACUCCAUUGACUUCCAACCGGGGGCCCGAAUAGCGGCAUUUAGCCCAGAACCGGAGUAUGAAGAGUCAACUUGCUACCUAACGAGGGAGCAAGCCGCCCCCGAGGGUAUCGGGACGCUCAUGAUCGUCCCUAACAGUGUACAUUUCAACGAAAUAUGUCUUACAUCGAACCGUCCGGAACGCGAGUGUCCUUCUCGUCGCUACGUCUUCGAGCGUCACGCUAGAAAACGCUUGAAGCUACCACCCUCGGACCUCAAAGAGAUCAUGGUUGCUAACCGCACGGAAUGUGAAGAUAAAUGCUUGGGGGAGUUCAGUUUUGUUUGUCGUUCAGCGACAUAUGACUCUGCUUUAAGGACGUGCUCCCUAAGUAGAUUUACUAGAAGAACUCACCCCGAAUUACUAGAAGACGACCAUAACGCCGAUUAUCUAGAAAAUACGUGCCUUAAUGCGGAAAGACGUUGUGAUGGUCUAGCAGUAUUCAUAAAAGAAGAGAAUAAACGUCUCGGAGGACCAUUCGAAGCUGAUGUCUUUUCAAAUAUGACGUUAGAAGAGUGCCAGUCGAUGUGCGUGCGUGCUGAGAAAUAUUUCUGCCGAUCGAUUGAACACGAUGCAAUGACUCGCCAAUGCGUACUCUCUGAAGAGGACUCCGUUUCUCAAAAGGAUGAUGUCACAGUUAGUGCAUCACCAACGCAUCAUUUUUAUGAUCUCGUUUGCUUAGACAAUCUCUCUCAUCGGGUGACAGCUCGCGGCACGGAGUAUCCGGACAACAGCGUCACAUCACAUCUGUUUUCGCCCGGAAGAAGACCCGACACCGCGUUCCAGAGGUACAGGAACAGCAGGAUCACCGGGGAGUUUCACUCGGAAAUCACGGGACGCUCACUCAGCGAAUGCUUAGACGAAUGCCUGAGGCAAACAAGCUUCCAAUGCAGGUCAGCCGUGUACAGCGACCGCGCAAGGACAUGCCGUUUGAGCCGGUACAAUCAGAAGGAUGGGAUGCGACUGCUUUACGAUCCAGACUUUGAUUACUAUGAAAAUCUUAUGCAUCAGCUAGUCAGUGGCGAAACCGAUGCGGGGAGCACGGGAGGUGGCUCACAAACGUCCUGGAGGAGACCGGGGUCCAAUUCAGGUGGUAAAGGUGACGGAGAUCGCGACAGAUAUCCACCAGACGUUGACCGCUACCCUGAUGACGAUCGGUACCCAGCGGACGAUGAUCGGUACGAUCGGAGACCUAACCGGAGACCGGACCGGUAUCCACCGCCCGACGACCGGUACCCGGCCGGUCCCGACCCAUAUCAUGAAAGAUAUCCAUCAGGAGACCGUUACCCGCCCGCUGAUAGAUAUCCCGAUGACAGAUAUCCUCCCGGUGUCGGCCCUGAUAGAUUCCCAUCGGAUAGAUACCCUCCAGGAAUAGAUAGAUAUCCUGAUAGAUAUCCAGCACCAGACAGAUAUCCAGCACCAGACAGAUAUCCUGCACCAGACAGAUAUCCUGCACCAGACAGAUACCCUGCACCAGCUGGAGAUCGCCUCCCAGUUGACAGUGGACGAUAUCCAUUCUAUGAUUACCAACCAAAUGACAUUGGUAGAUAUCCCGAUGCAGAUAGAUACCCCGUUAGCAGAUAUCCUAUUGACGUAUAUCCUGAUAGAGUUCCCGAAGAUCGCUAUCCAUCUGAUAGAUAUCCUAUUCGUGGAAGCGGCAGAUAUCCACCUCGUCCCUCACGAUAUCCUAUCCGAUAUCCUGAUCGCUACGAUCAGGAUCGGUUUUCUGGCACGAAUGAUUGGGGUAGAUAUCCAUUCAGUCGAUAUCCAGUUGGUGUGAAUCGAGACCCGGCACCACUGGGUGGUGAGCGGUAUCCAGAUCUCUAUGACAAAUAUCCGCCGACCGGUUCGUCAUAUCCUGGUUUCGGACGUGGCGGUUAUUACGGUUCUGAAUAUUCCGGAGGUGAAAGGUUUCCAGACAGAGGGGUUCGUCCUGCGCCUGAUAGGUACCCUGUUGAACCCAGACCCACAUUUGGCUUGAGACGACCAAUAGACCGACCAGGCGGUUAUCGUGGCACCUACGCUCCGCAUGGAUUAGACAGACCGAUAGGUGGUGCAGGCUACGGAGGUUAUGAAACAGAUGGACCUGUCGGUCCUAUCGGUGGAUCCAUUGGUGGCUCCAUAGGCGGUCCCGUCGGAGGUCCCAUCGGUGGUCCAAUAGGAAGACCACCGGUUGGCAAUCGGCCCUGGCAAGGAUCGCGUUGUGAAGAAGACAGUUUCAGGCAGGUCGGCCGGCAGCGCAUGCAAAAGCGAUUCGUCCGCCGCUUUACUACCGCUCAAUCCUUGGCUCACUGCCAAAGAGAAUGUAUUGAAGCAAGAGACUUCAUUUGUCGGUCAUUCAACUUCAAGGAUAGCGGAUAUGAUGCCGUUUCACGGGAUAAUUGUGAGCUCAGUGAUCGUGAUACCCGAGAGCUAGACGCAGCUAAUCCGGCACAUUUUGAUAAUACAGCUAACGAUUAUGACUUUUAUGAGCGAGCUCUUGGACGUAUGGCAGACGACUGUCUUGAUGUUUCGCAAGUGUGCAAUGAAGACGGAAUGGAAUUUACUCUUCGCCUUCCUGAAGGAUUUUACGGUCGAAUGUACACUUACGGAUUUUACGACCGUUGUUUCUUCCGCGGCAACGGCGGUGUUUCAAAUGUACUUCGAAUAACUGGUGCUCACGGGUACCCUGAAUGUGGUACACAACGGUACGGUGACACGAUGACGAACAUAGUAGUGGUACAGUUUAGCGACAAUGUGCAAACCUCCCGUGACAAGAGAUUCAAUCUAACUUGCCUGUUUCGUGGUCCUGCCGAAGCUGUCGUAACUUCGAACUACAUUGGAGCCGGAUCGGGCAGUCCCAUACCUAUUGAGUAUCUCCCAGAAGAAAGUUCUCUCAAUUCGAAGGUUCGCUUGAUGAUCCUUUACCAAGGUCGUCCAACUACAACGAUCGCUGUCGGCGACCCGCUUACCUUCAGACUGGAAGCUCAAGAUGGUUACAAUUACGCUACAGACAUUUUCGCAACAAACGUCAUUGCGAGGGACCCAUAUUCAGGGAGAUCUGUGCAACUUAUUGACAGAGUUGGAUGCCCUGUGGACCCAGAUGUAUUCCCAGAACUAGAUAAAGGACGUAACGGUGAUGCUUUGGAGGCGAGAUUUAAUGCCUUUAAGAUUCCCGAAUCUAACUUCUUGGUGUUUGAAGCAACAGUCCGCACAUGUAGAGAUGGCUGUCAGCCGGCUUAUUGUCCGAGUCACACAGGACGAUCGGAACCGUCUUUUGGACGCCGCCGUCGUGAGGUGAAUUCCACACUAGGCGUAGAAAGCAACGACACAAUUCAAGCAAAGAACGAAGAAGAAGAUAAAACCAAAAGUAACGAAGACAACGGUGGGACUGUUUACAAAAUUUCUUACGAAGAGGCCAGCGUCGACAAAUAUCUUAAAGAUGAAGUGGAAACACCAAGUCAUGUUAGAAAGAUGAUUGAGGUCUUCGACAACCGCAACGAGCUGCUAGAAGAAAACCGGCAGUCUGGCUCGUCUCCUGUCGUCUCCGCGGCGGGGGUUUGCGUCUCGCCUUACCACUACCGGUCACUCUUAGUGGCUCUCUGCGUCCUCUUAUCAUUGCUGCUGGCAAUGUUAACUGCCGCUCUAUAUAUAUACAGACGCUACUGGAGAGUUCUGCGCAAAAACAUUCAAGCUUCAAGUGCCACUCCGGCUCUGAGGCCAGUGGCUCCUGGACCAAGGCCCACCCGUCCCUCUCUCUUUUCCGCAUCUCACCUGCAUAAGCCUUUCUCAUUAAGUGGACUCGGUCGUACUUUUGCUGAAGUUGGGGAAGAAGCAGGUUCGUCUGGAAGACUUGCGAAUGCAUUCGACGAUGGAAGUGAACCAAUUUAUACCGAUCCUUCGCUUUUCGAGCGCUCGCGUUCCCUGCGCUCUCUACAUUCGCUCGAUAUGAAGCCCGAACGACGCGAUCAUCAUGCUUAA